AUGGAUGUAUUCAAAAUAGAUUUGGAACAGUCGCAUAUCCAUUCGAGUCUCGUUGAAAGCCACAACAGCACGAAUAACAGUAGCCAAACACAUAAUCUAUAUACGCCCGGCGGCAUAGCCGGUGGCGCCGACAAUCGCGAACCGCAACACACCACCCACCAACAUCACCACAACCACAACCACCAUAACCUACACCAAAUCGAUCAACGUCCACUGCAACAACAGCUGCAACACCAACAGCAGCAACCACUUUAUAAUAGCAUAAAUGCGAAUGGCGACGAUUGCGACGAUGAAGACGAUCCCUUGCCCGAAGUGAGUUUUGAUGCCAAUUCCGAUUUCAAUUUGCACUUCUUCGACACGCCCGACGAUUCGUCGACGCAGGGCGCCUUCAGUGACGCUGGUUCGCUUGAAUCCGAUGCUUAUGCCACCAGUUCGCCACCCACACCACCACCAACACAAUUACAUGCGCUAAGCGGUGUAGAGACCCUAAGUGAGGAGUCCACCGCGGUGACAGCCUCAGCGGCGGUAGCAGCAGCAGCACAAUUACACAUCGCCGAUACGAUAAAUUCCCAUUGCAAUACAAAUGCGGAAGUAAGCGAAUCGCUGAAAUUGCUGACAGAUGAUUGCACGUCCUUUUAUCAUCAGCAACAAUCAACGGUCACACUAAAUGGCGGCACUCCAUCUUUAGGUAUACCGUCUAAUUGCGUCGCUUAUUUGGGCUCGACGAACAAUAACACUACAGCCGCUGCGCAAUCCAUCAACGGCGGUGGUAUCGCUUGCAAUACUGGCAAUUCAUCGUCAUCAGCCGCGUCCACACCGGCUUCGUCCGUUUCGUCGUCGUCCACAGCUUCGUCCACAUCGCCAAUAGCAGCGAGUAACGGCAGUGUAGCAGUCGCUACAGCCGCACAUAUCAUUGCGCUCGGCAAUGGUGGAGGUACAUUGUACUCCAACAGCGGUCUCCAUUCAUUCUGUCAAUCGCAUUCAUCGUCCUCAUCCGGCUGCUCUUCAAAUUCGUCGGCCGGCAGCAGUUGUAGCCACAACGGCAACACCAACGGCAGUGGACAACACAUUGGACGUAGUAACGGAGCCACCGUAUCAUCGUUGGUUGCUGAGCAUUGUCUUGGGGAGCGCCAUCAUACAGCAGCAACAGCAGCAGCAGCGUCAGCGUCAGCAACAAUCAACCCAGCGAACGCGUGCGUCGCAAUCCCCAACUCUACAUUGGCUAAUGUAAAACACUUGCAUGAUCAGCAAUUUGCCAUAGCGGACUCCAAUUCCAACAGCGUUACGAAAUCAUUUGUGCCGUGCAAAGUUUGUGGCGACAAGGCGUCCGGCUACCAUUAUGGUGUAACCUCGUGCGAGGGUUGUAAGGGUUUCUUUCGUCGCAGCAUACAAAAACAAAUCGAAUAUCGUUGCCUGCGUGAUGGUAAAUGUCUGGUGAUACGUUUGAAUCGUAAUCGUUGCCAAUAUUGUCGCUUCAAGAAAUGCCUCUCGGCGGGCAUGAGUCGAGACUCUGUUCGUUAUGGUCGCGUACCGAAACGUUCACGUGAGCUGAAUGGCACACCUUCGUCCACGGAUGAUCCGAACGUCAUUGUGCGUGUGAAUACACCGAAUACACCGCAAACGCCACAAAUGUGUUCAGUCGCCUCGUCACCCUCCGAAUUGGGCUGUACGGGCCAAAGUAGCGUCGCCAACACAGCCAACACACCGGGACCGGGCGGUGUUGGUGGCAUGGGUGUGGGCGUCAAUAUGAGCGUCAGCGUAGGUGCCGGCGGUGCUGGCGGCAUGAUGGGACAGUGCGGCAAUGUUAGCGUCGGUGUCGGCGGUAUGAGUGUGGUCGGUAACGGUGGCAGUGUUGGUGGUGGUGGCGGCGUCGGUGGUAAUGUUGGCAUUACCAGCGUCGACAAUAACGGUUGCGGUGUUGUCGAUAUGCAAGGCCCUACCGCCGAACUAACCGUUUACGAUGUGAUUAUGUGCGUCUCACAGGCGCAUCGCAUGCACUGCUCAUACACGGAGGAGCAGACACGCGAACUGAUGCGGCGACCGGUGGCGGUGCCGCAGAAUGGAAUUGCCACUUCAGUAUCGGAGACAAUGGAAUUUCAGAAAAUUUGGCUGUGGCAACAGUAUGCGGGGCGCGUCACGCCCGGCGUGCAACGUAUCGUUGAAUUCGCGAAGCGUGUACCGGGCUUUUGUGAUUUUACACAAGACGAUCAGCUGAUACUCAUCAAAUUGGGCUUCUUCGAGGUGUGGCUCAGCCAUGUGGCACGUAUGAUCAAUGAUGCAACGUUGACAUUCGACGAUGGCACUUAUCUGACACGACAACAACUAGAAAUUCUUUAUGAUAACGACUUCGUCAUCUCGCUAGUGAAUUUCGCCAACACCCUCAACAGUUACGGCUUAAGCGAUACCGAAAUCGGUCUGUUCUCCGCCAUGGUAUUGCUCGCCUCCGAUCGUUCCGGCCUCGCUGAACCGAAAAUGAUUUCACGAUCACGCGAACGCGUCGCCGAAGCACUGCGUGUACAACUCGUCCGCUCACGUGCCGGCUCCACACAAGCGCUACAACUGAUGCCAGCACUCGAGGCUAAAAUACCCGAAUUACGCUCGUUGGGCGCCAAGCAUUUCUCACAUUUAGACUGGUUACGAAUGAAUUGGACCAAACUGCGAUUGCCACCACUCUUCGCCGAGAUAUUCGAUAUACCCAAGACAGAGGAUGAUCUGUGAAGGACGAACGAAUAGACUGUGACGCAAGAUAAUCCAAAAGGAAACGGGAGAACAUACACGAAGCGUAAUAAGGAUAAACGUUAUGAAAGUGAAAUUGCCGCAAAAGACGAAAAUACAUAAAGAGCGAAGUGGAGGAGAGAAAGAGAAAAGAAAGGGACAGCAAAGUAAAAGCUUUUAUGUGUAGAGCCGCUGUGGAGAUAUGGGGGCGCAAUGGACCAAGCACACAGUUUGCAAAAAGAGAUUUAUGUAUGUGAAAAUAAGAAGAAAAACAACAACAACAAAUAACAAUAUGAUUACUAUACGUUUUCUAAACCUAGCGUGAAUAGUUCUUAAGCAACAGAAACAUAUUUACAUAUUUAAUUUAUAUAUGAUGGAACAAAGUGAAAAUUAUUAUAUGGAAAAAGUAAUAAUAAUACAAAUUGUUUAUAUAAUUUUAAAAAUUAAUCGUAGAACGAUUAGCUUAUAGGUUUUUCUGCUACUUACUAAAAAAAAAC